AUGCCCAUUCCUCGCAAGCUUUGUGAACAAGCGCUGAUCUUUGUGGUCAUUCAUAGUGCUUUACUUUUAUCCUAUUCUCAUUGCCGUUGUAUUGCGAUAUUGUAUUCUUGUAACGAGCUAUCUCCCAUGAUGCAUGUUUUGGUUACGGUGCCAUGGUCUACCAAAGUCCCAAUCGUCUUGUUUUCGCUCACAAGCUUACGCUCCUCCAUCUACCGAAUGACAAUUCAACAACAACGCCAUCUCGUCGACGUGUUACCGUUUGAGGUGCUCUCCAAUAUCUUUGCUCUGCUGUCUCGAAUUCAAGUUCAUGAAUGCAUGCUCGUUUGCAGACAAUGGCACACUUCAGUUCCGGAAUUGGCCUGCCAUUGUUUUCGUCAUCUGAGACUGGAUGGAAGGAAGGACUAUCAAGGCUAUGUCGGUUUACUACCUCGAGUGUGUAACUAUGCCAACGUGGUCACCCUGCAUGAUUACGGGAUGGUCGAUUUGAAUGCUUCAAAGGUUGGGGACCUCCUUAUUCAUCAUUGCCCGAAUUUGGAGAUAUUAGAGAUCGAGGAUAGUCAUAUUCAUGAGCACUUGGGCCCGUUUCUGGAAAAGCUGCCAUCGAUUCGACAUUUGAAAAUCAUUCGUCCCGCCAGCAUCCCAUCGCCAUUGCAUGAGAUCAUCCACAGCAUUGCGUCCUAUUGUCCACAGCUGGUAUCAUUAAGCGCUACACGUGCAAAACCUUCUGUUGUCAAUGGAAUCCAUCCUCCUGUAAAGGAAUCCACUCUUAUUGGCUUACGACAUUUGGAUCUACAACGUUCAGGAUUAAGCGUCCUACAACUGGAGACAGUGUUGAAGAGGUGUCCCAACCUAAGGACUUUGAUUGUGGAUUCACAAGAUGACAUGGGAAAAGGAAAAGAGACCUUGGCACGGCAUUGUCCAAAGAUACAACAUUUCAGCUUAUGUUAUCAGCCACCCCAUACACUUUACCUGCCAAUACCAUUACCAUCGGAUGAUGAUGAUAUCGCAGAGGACGAAGGAAAUUACCAAGGAGAUUGUAUUGCAUUGAAAGGGUUAUGGAUCCAUGGUUUCCAUGCUCGUUUCUUUCUUGAUCAAACCCACCUUCACUAUUUGCGCUUGGAGCAGUACAGAAAAUGGGGUACGCUUGAUGUCACCACAUGUACGACCAUUACACAACUUGUACAACAAAACGUCAACACAUUGGAGCAUAUCGACCUGGGAAGCGAUGUGGACAUGUUACACACCUUAUGCGAAUCACUCCCAUCUAUGAGCAAUUUGAAGUCGUUCCGCUUUUCGUUCGAUGGCAGAACACGUGCAUUUGUGGAUAACUCAAGUCCUGUUGACUUAUUGGAAAAAAUCGGCAAGGUCGCUUCAUCUCAUCCCACGCUCACAUCUAUUCAUAUCACAGUCAUUGCUAUUGGAUUGAAGUCAUCGGUGCUCUCGGCAAUGUCACGUAUUCCUCUUCUCAAACAACUGCACAUGUGUUAUCGCGUUAUUGCGCCUGCUGAUUUGGAAGCCCUUUUCCAUAAUGCAUCCUCUUUGGAACAUGUAACGUUGACAGCCAGGCACCUUGAGAUCACCAACAAGAUGUUUGUUGAAUUAGCAAAGCUAAACUUGGAUCAUGCGUCAUUCUUCUCGGACCGUACAACCACUAUGAGUGCUUUGGGAUUACGCCAUUUCGUUGAUCAGCAUGCUGGUGCUCUGUAUAGGAUGUCUAUUAUGGGGAACAUACAACCGGAUGAUGAUGGAAAGUGUCUUGAUUAUGCAAGGGAGAAGUUAGGAGAGCGGUUUAAUUAUGGGAAUCCUUGUCCAUUUUUUGAAUAUACAUAA